AUGAUGAAAAGAAAUGUGAUAAGCCUGAUAAAGUUUUUCUUCCUUGCGGCUUUCACCGUUUUUCUGACCGUUGUCAUAUUUCGUUACGUGAGGGCAUCACCUAACCAUGAAAUCGCAACGCCGGUGGCCGUGUUCGUCACCAUCACCAAUGACAGUCCGAAAAAUUCGAUCGAUUCCAGACAGACUUUCAACGAGCAUCUCUAUCAGGACGAGGAAGAGAAAGUUGAUUGGCAUGAUUAUAAUAAAAUUGCAGAAGAUACAAAAAGAAGUGGGACGGGUGAACAAGGAAAACCUGCAUUUCUCUCACCCUCUCUUGAUUUGCUGAAGGAUAAACUGUAUCAGGUAAAUGGCUUCAAUGCUGCACUCAGCGAUGAAAUUUCAAUGAAUCGCUCAAUACCUGACAUUAGGCAUCCAGAUUGUAAGAAGAAGAAAUACUUGAAGAACCUUGAUCCAGUUUCUGUGAUAGUCUCCUUCCACAAUGAACACUUCAGCACUUUAAUGCGUACUUGCUGGAGUGUCAUCAAUCGUUCACCCGAGUCUCUCCUUGAAGAGAUCAUAUUGGUUGACGAUGCUAGCACUAAGGUGGAAUUGAGUGAAAAAUUGGACAAUUAUGUUGCAGAACAUUUGCCCAAAGUGAAGAUUGUAAGGUUACCGAAGCGUUCUGGACUGAUUAAAGGUAGACUGGCUGGAGCAAAAAUUGCAAAAGCAAAAGUACUUGUAUUCUUAGAUUCUCAUAGCGAAGCCAAUGUCAAUUGGUUGCCACCAUUGCUAGAGCCUAUCGCACAAGACUACAAAACGUGUGUUUGUCCAUUUAUUGAUGUGAUUGCUUAUGAGACAUUUGAGUACAGAGCACAAGAUGAAGGAGCCAGAGGAGCUUUUGACUGGGAACUGUACUACAAACGAUUGCCAUUAUUGCCAGAGGAUCUUAAAAAGCCUACAGAGCCAUUUAAAAGUCCUGUCAUGGCUGGUGGGCUUUUUGCAAUCAGCGCAAAAUUCUUCUGGGAAUUAGGCGGAUAUGAUCAAGAAUUAGAGAUAUGGGGUGGUGAGCAGUAUGAAUUGUCAUUUAAAAUCUGGCAAUGUGGAGGCCAAAUGUAUGAUGCUCCCUGCUCGAGGGUGGGUCAUAUUUAUCGGAAAUUUCCUCCUUUCCCCAAUCCAGGCAAAGGAGACUUUUUGGGAAAGAAUUACAAAAGGGUAGCCGAAGUGUGGAUGGACGAGUAUGCUGAGUAUAUCUACAAAAGACGUCCGCAUUUAAGGUCACUGAAUCCUGGAAAUAUAACUGCACAACGGAACUUGAGGCAUAGAUUACACUGUAAACCAUUCAAGUGGUUUAUGGAGAAUAUAGCUUUUGAUCUUGUUGAUGUUUAUCCGCCUAUAGAACCCGAUGAUUUUGCAUCUGGAGAGAUUCGUAACAUGGGUGUGCCUGAAUUGUGUCUGGACACAAAGAGGAGAAAGAAAGAUGGACUUGCAGUAGUUGACGUCUGUAUGAAGGACAACCCAACAGCUGAUGGAGAACAGGAAUUCCGAUUAACUUGGCACAAAGAUAUCAGGCCUAAGGAACGCACUGAUUGUUUGGAUGUUUCCAGAGGGGAUACAAAGGCUGUUGUGACUUUGUAUCCCUGUCAUGGUGGCCAAGGAAAUCAGUUAUGGCGAUAUAAUGUCGAAAAACAAUGGUUGAUGCAUGGUUAUUCAUCCAGGUGUUUGGACACAGAUCCAGCGAGCAAACGAGUCUUUGUGACAAAUUGUGAUUCAGCUUCUGCUACACAAAAAUGGAGAAUUGAGAAAGUAAAUAUGAAGGCCAUUAAUAAUUGGGAUAACGUGGGACCCAAACGACAUUGA